AUGGAAGAGGGAAAUCAAAAACAAAAUCUAUCCUUUUAAAUAGCCUAAUUGGAAGAGGAGUACAAUAAUUACAUAGAGUAAAAUGCCUUUUAAUUGUAGCUCUUCUGAGGUUGUAAUGGAAUAUUAUAAAAAUCAGUAAACAAGUGGAUUGGAUAAGCAUUUUCUCAAAAUCGAAGAAUGGCUGGAUUAGGAUGUUGUAAUAUACUUAAUUAAUAAAAUUUAGAAAGGCAAAUAAAAUCUCCCAUUGGUCAUUGAGGCAGAAGAUGGUGUAGGCAAAAAAACAUUGCUUGUUAAGUGGAUUGGAUACCAUAAUGCAAACAAAAAAGGAAGGUACUAGGACAUAAUUAUUCCUCAUUUUGCUAUGGUUGGAGGGAACAACAGUAAUUAUUUCUAUGCCAUAUACCGAAUAUUGGUUAAAUUGAGGGAAUUGUUAAACAUAGGACAAAAGGUGGAGUUGUUGGAAGAGAAACUUCGUAAAUACUUUGCAUAUUGGUUGGACAUCUGCAAUUCUCAUAUUGAAAAUUAAAUUCUCAAAGAAGCUAAAACUCUUUACAAUAGAAUCAUCCUCAUCUUUGAGGGUGUUAAUCAUUUUAUUGAUUAAGGCAAUGGCAUUUCCAAAGAAGCUAAUGUUUCUUUUUGGUUGCCUUAAUUUUUUCCUCCGAGAAUCAAAGUUAUUUUGACUGCAUCCAAAAACUCAGGGGCCAUGCAAUAUCUUUAGAAAAUCAAUUCACAAGUCAUUUCAAUCAAAGUUGAACCUAAAAUCAUUGAGAAAAUGAUAGAAACACAUAAAAAGAGAAAAACAUUCCUUGUAAUAAUGUUAAAUUAAUAUUAGUCUGAUUAACUUAAGGAUAAAUUAUUAAAUAUACUAACUCAAACUAAAUGUGAGAUGAGUUCAAUAUUUUGUAAAACAUUUUUGUCUCUAUUGAUUCCUUACCCAAGUGUUGGAAUCAUUGGAGAAAAUGAUGUUAGGCCAGAUGUAAUUGAAUCACUAGUUUCCUAAAUUGAUAUGUCAAAAUUGCAAGAAGUGUCCUGUUUAGAUGAUUUAGUUAAUUUUAUCCUGGAUCAUUAUCAAGCAAAGAUGUUCAAAGAUUAGGAAAAAUUUAUCAAGAUGCUAAUAUGCUUUACCGUAACCUAAAAGGGAUUGAUGAUUUAAGAGGCAUUGACGAUUUGUCAAUUAAAUGAGAACGAUUGGAAGACAUUCUUAGUAUUCUUUAAAGUGUAUCUUAUGCAUUAUAAGGAGUAUUGGAUUAUAACUAACGAUAUUUUUAAGAGUAUCAUCUAAUAAAGAUACCUAAAAGACAAUUCUUCACUUCCAAAAUUACAUGAAGAAAUUGCUGAUCACUUAAAUAAAUCAACUAAUUCCAUAAGAAAAUUAGAAGAGUAAACAUUUCAUUUAUUCAUGGCUAAAACAUAUUUUAAAUUAAAGGAAAUAGUUUCAGCUAUUGAAAAUUUUCUAUUACUAUUUAAUCCCAACAAUAAGUACGAUCUAUGUCGAUAUUGGUAAAAAUUAGAGGAACAAGGAUUUGAUCCAGUGAUUGAAUAUAAUAAAGCUAUAGAAGGCUUUUCAAUGCAAUACCAUCCUAGUAGUGAAGACAUCUUUAGAAUCAUUGUGUAAGUGUCAAGAUUCUUAAAAGAGUUUUGUGAUUUUGAAACCUAUCACACUCCUAGUUUUAGACAUCCCCCUAUAUAAGGUAUUGAAGAUGAAUUGGAUGAUAUUGGAUUAUUAAAUGAACUAUAUAGGAUGAAUCUAUGUUACAUCAUCGAUGCCAAUCCUAAAAAAAUUGGAAAGAAUGAUGAAAAUUAUAAAUCACCAUAAGAGAGGAUUAAUGAAAAGAUUGAAAAACUUAAAUCUAAAUUAGUAUUACAAAAAGAUUAAAAAUAAACUAAGAAACCUGGCAAAGAAGAAGAUAUAAAGAAAACACAAACUACUAUUAGUCUAUUAGAGAAAAAGAAGAAACCAGAAAUCUUGACUAAACUAGAAAAAUUGAAUGUAGAUAUUCCCUAUAAUAGAGAAUAAGUUAAAAAGUUCUUUGAAGAAAAAAUAGGAAUCAGUAGUGCUUAAGAAGAUAAAUUAAGAGAAAAGGAAUCAGAGGAAGCUAAAAUCUAUUAAAAAUUAGAAAAUGGAUAGAUUUCAAUGAGAGAUCUGGACAUUAAUCUAAGUAAGGAUGAAGAUGUUCAAUUGAAAAAACCUGGUUAAUUAAAAUUAACACACAAUUAGAUUUAAAUUAAGAAAUUAGAGGAGCAAUCCUUAGUUAGUGAAAGGAAACCCACUGAUUAUUAUUAUAAGAGAUGGAUUUGGAUUCAAUUCCCUUGGGUUUGCUUGUCUGUUCAUAGUGAUUACUCUGCAAAAAUGAAAUAAUGUUUUGCCAAAGCCACUGAGUAUAUGAGUGUUUAGGAAGAAAAGGCAUUUACAAAAUAAGCAUUAAAGAUAGCUAUUGAAGCUAAAUUAAAGAAGAAAAUGAUGUAUCAAAAAUAGGAGGAUGUCAAUUCAACUAUAUUUGUAGAUAAAGAAUUGUCUGUUAUUCCUGUUAAAUAAGAUUAGAAUACAUCAAUAUUGACAUUAAUGAGAUAAUAAUAAAAUGAAUUACAAGGUGUAAAAGGAUUUAGAAAGGAGAAAUCAUUGGCUGAAAAUACUUUAAACAAUUUAAAUUAUAAAUCUAACUAUAAGGAAGUAAAAACCACAAAAAUGCAUACUACUAGUUUGCAAUUCUUCAUUACAGAGGAUCAAAUGAGCCUAUCUCAAAUUCAUAAAGAAAUUGAAGAAUAGAAAAAAUAAUAGCAACAAAAUCAAGUUGAUAAAAAAUAAACAACUCUACCUGCAAUAAAUAAAACUUCAGAAGUCUCUUUAAAUACUACAAUGAGGAUCAUUGACAAAUCUAAAAUGUAAAAGGAAAAGUACAAAUAGUUCAAUCCAGAAACCGUAAAUAAAUCAUCUUAAUCUAUUUUACCGAGGUUAAAGAGUGAAAUUGCACUCCAUAAUGGCAAAGAGCUCUAUAUAAUGUUAUAAUAAGCAAAAGAUUUGAAGAGAGAACUUGAUAAUAUUGUUUAUUAAAAGUAAUCUAAUUAAACUUAAUUUUAGUCAAGCAGCUACAAAGAAAUUAGCUAGUUUAAGAACAUUAUAGCACAAUGAGGGUUUUGGAACAGAUGUAGAUACUGUUUCCUAGAUUCAAGAUAAAGUAAGUUUAUUGAUUUAUACUUUUUCAGAUUGAAAACCUCAAAAAAUUAAGGGAGGAGGCUGAACACGACUACUUAUUGAGUAUGGUAUAAGAUAGUAGAUUAAGAAUUAUUAUUAAAAUAAGUGGUGACAAUAGAUCCUAUAAUGAAGAAUGGAUCAGAGAUUUGAAUUAUUUGUAAUGUAAUCUAAAUAAACUGAUUAAAUAUGAGAAAUAAGAUAUCAGUAAGAUGGAGGCUGAAAUCAAAUAAUUACACACAAUACAUAUUUAGUAUGUGGAUGCAUUUAAUAACAAUAUGAAUUAUUCGAAAUAAAUGAUCGAUUAAAUUAAUAGAACUGUGAGACAGAAAGAAGACUUUGAUCAUUACUUUUAAUAAUCAGAUUCGAUCAUUCAAUAGCAAUCCACUUAAAAAAUGCAAAAACUCUAAUAACAGUAUGCCUAAAAUGAAGAUAAAGAAUAGUAAAGAUUGAAAAGAAUUCAACUUGAGAAAAACAGCAGGGCAAUUUCUGAUAAGCUUGAAGUUCUUAGAUAAACUAUGGCCCAUGUUAGUCAAUAUAUAGAAGUAAUGAAAUGAUUGUUAAAUAUUUCAAGGUUGAAAAUCCAGAUUAUGCCAAAGAAGAAAGUUUUGUUGUAUUUUUAAAUUAGUUGGAAAUUAAAACAUCUCUCGAAGCAAAAAUAUCAUUUUAAGAAGAUUUACUAAGUGAUUUACAUCUUAAAUUACAUAAAUAAAAGGUGUAUCUAGAUGUAAAUUAUAUAUUUAUACAACAAGACCUUUAAGAACGCUAAUUCAAAUGACAACAAGAAAGAACGUGUGAAAACAAUUUAAUUUAUACAAGGGAAAGUGUAAGAUAAUGAAACUAUACAAAUGUUGAUUGACAAGAGAGAAUAAUAAUUGAAAUUGAAUUAAGAGAAGGAAAAACAAAAAAAUAAAUUACAAUUGGCAUUACUAGAUUAUAAUGUAAUUAAGAUUUCUGAAAUUUUAGAUUAGCAUUAAAAAUAUAAGAUCAAAGUUGCAGACUUGUAAGUUUAAGCCUACCUCUGAACAAGGGACUGUCUCUAAAAUAAAUUUAAUAACUGAUGUAUCUAUUCUAAUUAUUAUUUUAAGAUAUAUGAAGAUUUAACGAAAAGAUAAAAUUUCAUUAAAGAGAAACUUGGAGAAGACUUGUUUUAAUAAUUCUUAAAUAAGAAACUUGACUUUAAUAAAGUGUACAAAGCAGCAUUUAAAUAUCAUUAAGAUCCAACUUUAACACAGAUGGAACCCUAUUGA